AUGAGUCCAGAGAUUUUGAAAUAUGAAGGGUACAAUAAUAAAUCAGAUAUUUGGUCCAUUGGAAUAAUUUUAUAUGAGUUAUGCACCCAGAGAAGAGCAUUCACAGGAACUAACUUAAUGCGUGUGAUGUGGCAAGUGAUAAACGACCCAUGUCCUCAACUACCUGAAAUCUACUCUAAGGAACUACAAGAAGUUUUAGAACUCAUGUUAAAGAAGGUUCCUCAGGAAAGACCGUCUGCGUCUGAGCUUCUUCAACUAAAUAUUAUUCACUCUUACUUACGAGUAGGAGCUAUACAAGGAGAUCAUAUUCAAAUGAAAUCUGAGACUAGUGAUGAAUGUGUUGUCGAUAGAGAUGCAAAUCCAAGGUUCAUAUCGUUUGAAGAGUUCAUUAAUUCGCCUGAUUUAAUUUUACAAGAACAAAAAUUACUCCAAUAUAACGAGAAUCUAUCAGAAGAGGCAGAUGAUAUGACUGAGAAAAACACAGAAAAUGUAGAUCAGUACUUAACACCACGUCAAAAAAUCAAAGUGAACAAAGCAACCGAGUCAGAUUGGACAAUUGCUACUCUAAGAAAUUUAGCGGAACAAUUAAUAUGCAGUCGGAAUAGCUUGAAUUCUACAAAAGGAACAGAUUUGUACACUUGGCAGAAACGAUAUCCGUCAUCAAAUCACUUAUGGCCUACAGUUCAAACGUCUACAGAGAGGAUGUUAAACGAUUUGAGAAAUCUUUAUGUAGAAAAAAUAAAUGAGGAUUACGGAAUCACUGAAGAGACAGAUAACUUUGAAUACACAGAAAAUCUAUUAUGGCCACAUAGACCUCUUUUGGAAGGUAAUAAUAUUCCGGCGGGUAAAGGUCCAGGAGCUGAAGAUGAAAGUCUUGGAUUUUUCUAUUCCACAGACUUUGUAAAACAAAUAAAUAAUACUCAUGGACAAAUUAAAGAACAAAAAGACUUCAUGAAUUUUACUGCGAUGAGAAAAUUUUCUACUUCAUGUGGUCCAGUUUAUGAACGUCAAUGCAUCGAUAAACUAACAAAACAGGAAAGUAUUACCAAUGAAGAUAAUAACAACAAUGUUAAUGAAAAGGAACACGAAAAAAUUACACAGCAGAAUCUGUUCAUACGCCGUAGUUUUACAAUUCCAGAAGUUGCAUCCAGUAAUUAUAACCAAUCAGCAGGACAGCUAAAUAAAAUUAACACUUCUAGGCUGAAAUGUAAUGAUGUUUUUUCUGAAAAUACUCAACUUUUGGAGACAUGUUAUACCAAUUAUGAUGACGAACUGAUGAACUAUUCACAAAGGUCUAUUCAAGAAAAUCUGUCGAAUUCAGUCGAAAAUGAAAAGAAUAAUGUUGAAGAUGAUUUAGAAGACAUUGAAAAUCAAGAUAAUGAAAAUACAUGUGAAACGUUGGAUGAUGUACUUUGUUACAUGAAAGCAGCUUUACGUCAGUCUGAAGAUAGUAACACUAUAAUUAUGGACAGUGAAGCUGGAAGUAAGUAUGGUCCAGAGGCCAAAGCGAAAAAGAUUGAAACUUUACGAAAUUAUUGUAUUGAAAAGCUCGGAAUACAAAGAUUUCAAAAUGCAUACAAUUAUCUCUAUCAAAAACGUAUUACUGAAAAUAAUCAGUCUGGUGAAUUAACAAUUCUUGAUGGUUUAAAAGAUUAUUGUUCAGAUGUAACUACAGGAUUUCUCCUGGACCACUUAAUAUUCUUAGAAAAUGAUACAAAGCAAACAAUUAGUAUACAACCACCGAAUUCUGUCAAUCAAGUUUUAGAAAGCAGCUUACAAUUUUGUAUGUGA